ACAUCUUUGUGUCGGUUGCCAUUAGUACUUGUAUGCUUCAUGGGGUACUUAGACACCCAGAUGUCAAUCGAGAUAAAGGUCUGUGGGUACCUACUUAUUGUAAGUGUGACAUAGCACAGACCACUAACUCAGUGUCAGCUUCGUGGACGUAGGGUACACCAUGACAACAUUUGCUCCUUCUCUCCUACACUUCGAUGUGUUUGAUACCUACUACCAUCUUUAUUACCUACCUUAUUAGUGUAUGGUAUCUAUUUCGUCCCGUUUCGGUCACCAUUGCGAAUGCGAUGCCUUACGUUACGAUACAUCCGCACUUCACUACCGACAUUUUAAUUCAAGUUUUGAACCAGUCACGUUUACUGCGCUCGCGAAGUCGCUUGUGUGUUUCUCACUGUCAAUUUUACGAUAAAACAACGGCGACAUCAGCACCGAAGUCAUACAAUGUCUGUGAAAGAACAUGGAGAUCUGGGCUCCCAGACUCAGUACGGCUAUGAGAAAGACUUCAGGACCGCCCUGCCGCAGUUCAUCGCCGUCAGCGUCAAGAAUUUGCUGCUACUUGGAUAUGGGAUGACAUUGGGGUUCCCAACGAUCCUCAUUCCAGCCGUGAAAAACCCAGCAGAAAGCGAAGUCUUGCAAUUAACCAAUUCUCAAGUCUCAUGGAUAAGUUCCUUAAAUUUAAUAGUAGUGCCCUUAGGCUGUGCUCUGUCUGGCGUGGUGACUGCUCCCAUGGGCCGAAGACGAGCCAUGCAAGUGGUGAAUCUUCCCUUCUUUGUGGCCUGGUUACUGUUCCACUUCUCCUCCACCACUGAACACCUGUACGGAGCGUUGAUUCUCACAGGACUGGCUGGAGGGAUAUUAGAAGCACCAGUGCUAACAUACGUAGCCGAGAUAACUCAGCCACAUUUGCGAGGGGCAUUGACAGCCACCAGCUCCAUGUGCAUCAUCAUCGGCGUCUUCACCCAGUUCUUGUUUGGCCUGUUCAUGUAUUGGAGGACUGUUGCAUUGGUCAACAUAAUUUUUACGGUGUUGGCUGUCAUGGCGCUGUUUUUUGUGCCAGAAUCACCACAUUGGCUGGUUUCGAGGAAACGAUUUAGUGACGCCAAAAAGAGUCUGCAAUGGCUUCGAGGUUGGACUGAAGCUUAUGCAGUGGAAGAUGAACUGAAAAAUAUUCAAGCUCUGUAUAUAUCAAAAAAAGAUAAACCUGAAGAUGAAGAAUCAUUCACAGAAAAAAUAUCCAACUAUACUAAAAAAGGUUUCAUUCUUCCAUUCCUUCUCGUGAGCUAUAGUUUCUUUGUUGGACACUUCUGCGGCAUGACCACACUCCAGACAUUUGCAGUUUCCAUAUUUCAAAUGCUAGAGGCGCCACUGGACAAAUACUAUGCUACACUAAUCCUGGGCGUGUUGCAGAUCUGUGGGACUAUUAUCUGUGUCCUGCUCGUGCACUACACAGGAAAGAGGCCAUUGACCUUGUUCUCGACAGGAGCAGCCGGUGUCUGCGCUCUCCUGGUCGCUGGUUAUGACGGCUUUCUCAAAACUCAUGAUCUAACUCUUCAUUCUAGUGUUAACACAACAAAUAUGACUACAGAUAAUUUGACAGGACCUCUGAACAACCCCUACUCCUGGAUUCCUAUGACUCUUCUGAUGCUGUUAGCUCUUAUAUCCCACAGCGGUAUUCGACUUUUACCUUGGAUUUUGAUCGGCGAGGUUUUCAGUGCAAAAACCAGAUCUGGCGGUGCGGGCCUGGCUAGCGCCGUCGGCUACCUCUUCGGGUUCCUUACAAAUAAGAUGUUCCUCAGCAUGGUCGACCGUUUUGCUGUUUGGGGAACUUACGGCUUCUAUAGUUUUGUGGGGAUAACCGGUUGUUUUGCUUUUUACUUUGUCUUGCCUGAAACAGAAGGGAAAACGCUUAAUCAAAUAGAAAAUCAUUACGCCGGCAUAACGAGAUUAACAAAUGAAGUUUAUAGAUCUAAGAAGCGGCCGAAGAAGGUAAUUUCGUCAGUGUACGAAACUAAUGGAACGAUCAAUCCAUCUUUCGAACCCGAUAUUUCAAAAUUAUAAAUGUGUAAUGUGGUAGGUUUGAGAAAAUGGGGGAGACGUAUAGUAAUUCUUACAAAUAUGAGUAUUCUUUCGAAAUCAAUAGAAAAUCCACAGUAAUAAAGUCACAAAUAAUAAAUCCUACCAAUUCGAUGCAAUAAACAUCAUACUAUUAGAUGCGAUUCGAUACAAUAGACAUCGUACUACUUAAAAGCUUACCUUAGCUUACUACCAUAAUGCCACAAUCAAUUCAUAAUUAUUAAUAUUAUCAGAUAAAUUAUAUAAUACUACAGCUAAACUCAGAUUUGGCCGCUUAGAUUUACCCGGCUGGACCAAUCGAACUGAUAUUGGCUGCACUUAGGUCUAGCCGAAAGGAUAAAGGCUAAUUCUAGAUCUAGGUGAUGACCAGCCAGUUGAAAGGGUUUUAGACGAAACAUAUGUAUGGAAACGUAACCUGUAAAAAAAGAUUGGUAAAUGAUUAAAUUAUCUAGUUCUAAGUUCAUAGUUAAAUAUUCUUCUUGUCUGUGAUUUAAAAAUAAAUGAUAACUUUUAUAUAUGAAAAUAAAUAUAGUAAGUACACUUUCUAUUA